AUGGGUGACCCCUUGUCCGUCGCCGGCAGCGCCGUCGGCAUCAUCUCCCUGGGCAUUCAGGUCUGCCAAGGACUCGUCCAGUAUGCUGACGCAGUCCGAGGGCAGCAACGGGACGUGGACGAUGGCAUGGAUGAGGUUCGGUCGUUGCUCGCCGUUUUCAAAUCACUCGAACAAACCAUUGCUCGAAUCGAAACCGACAGCCCGGAGAAUGCCAAGUCACUCCUCGAACACCUUCGACAGGCUGAGGCGAAACUCCGAAGCCUGGAAGAGAUGUUAACAGAGGUCGGCAUCCCGGUCAACACCUCGAGCAGCAUCAAGGGAAAGAUGAAGGAAACGUACCGGGCGGCGAUCUAUCCCAUGAAGAAAAGCAAGCUCGAGGGGGCUCGUCAGAGUGUCCAAUCCUUGUUGGGCAUCCUCACGACCGCUCUGCAGACAGCAGACCUGGACCUAGGAAUUUCGCAGGCCGAUGCCUUGAAGACUCUCCAAUCGAUCACCAAUUCCAGUGUUAGCGAGUUGAAAGCCGCCGUUGAAGCCAACUCAACACAGCUCGGCAGCAUUCAGGCCACAUCUCGGCGAGAGUUUUCUGAUAUCAGCAACAGCCUCGUCUCAACCAGAGCAGAGGUUCAGGCGUUUUCAACCCGUUCAGCCAACCAAUUAGAUUCUGUUGGCGGUGAUAUCAGGGAAAGUCUUCAAAAUACUCAGCUCCUUGUUGGAAUGAUAAGAGAUCUCAGUCUCCAGAUCAACGCUGCCUCAGCAAACUCUGUGCAUACAGGGUCUCACAACCAGUACCUACUAUUUCAUAUAAACAUCUUUUUCCCACGGGCAAGAUACGACGAAGCAGCUUUCAGAGUUUUCCUUGACAUGAUGCAGUGGCUUGCCGAUGCGAGUGCUCUGGAGAUGGCCAAACAGAAUGCGGAAGAGUGGAUGUUCAUUUCAUUCGGCCGGUGGCAAGGCUUGCUAUCGAGGUUGCCAGACAACGACAAGAACAGGGCAGUCGCGCUUGAUUUUUUCAGAUGCCUCCUGGAUACUAUCGAACCUGGCGACGAGUCCGUCAUCAAACUACUUGUCUGUUCCAAGUUGGAUUAUGUUCACCCGCUUCUGAUGAGUUAUGCAUCGCCGGAUGUGUCGCCAAUGGCCUGGGCAAUUCUCUCUAGGUCUAUGCCCGAGCUUGAAUACCAACUCAAACUCGCCCCGGCCGCGUUGUUUGAGAGAACUUAUGGCUACACGACGCUCCAACUUGCAAGCACUUGGCCACAAGGCUUGACGAGACUCCUCCAAACCGAUGCUCGGGCACUUCUCCAUGAACCAAUACCAAACGACGGGAAUCUAUUCACAUCUGUUUAUCAUACUUAUUUUUAUUAUAAACACUUUUAUCCCUCCACUCUGGGCCCUUUGCUUAACGCAGGAUACACUCUGUUUCCGGGUAACAACUACGACACAUUACAAGAUCUUGUCACAAGCUGUACGGAAAUAGCAGUACCAAUAAUAGCCAGGCAUCUCUCCCAAAGGCUCCAACAACUGUCUGAAACGGCAGCCAAGUUUGGAGUCACCUCGAACCAUGAUCCUUCGAUCCCAGAUUUUGACACGGCAGCCCGCUGGUGCCUGGCUCUUGAGGAGUUGGGCGAGUUCAUUGAUCCAUCGAUACGGGUGCCCAUGAACGACAACAUGAUUCCUACCAUCUACCACAUCAGAACCAUGCCGCUCAGCUUCUUCCCCAUAUUUUACGAACACGGAUUUAUCCACGUCAACACAUGCGAUCAGAGGGGACUGCCGCCUAUGUUCGUAAGGUGGGGGUCAUUUCGUUAUGCCCACGAGUACUUUCUCUCCCAGCGCGUGCUAAGAGGCGACUUGGGGGCAUUCCAUAACAUGCCAUGGCUCCGGCAACAUGGAUUUCUUGACCAGAAGCCUCAUGACCCUCUAAGACUAGGACUUAACAUUGAUGUAACUGGUGCCCACCGCGUCGCUGCUGAAAUGGGGUCAAGCCUUGGCCUCGACCUUGACUAUCAACAAGACAUAGAUCAUUACUUGUCUCCAGCCGCAGACCUUUUGCGGCAAUUCGCCAGGGACUCCCAUCGAGACAAGUGCGUUUGCUGGUGCAACUUUGAUGGUGACGGCUGUUCACCACUCAAGCUCCUCUACAAGUCCCAUGCGCACCCAGCAAACCCUUACGGAGGUAUCAGGGUGUGGAAACAAAACGAAUUCCAGACCAACAGUAUCAAGAGGCUCCUCUUCGACUUUGACAUGUUUGGGGACCCAACAGCAACUCCGACACCGAGUGUCAAACAACAGAGAAAAAGAGAGCAGACCACAAAUACGCAACCGUCGACGCGAGCCUUGGAGCUUGUUCGCCUCUCGACAUUUGAAGCGCUUGAGAUGACUCACACUUGUUGUAUGCUCGAGGAGUCAGGGAAGAACGGCCACUACAUCGAUGCCAUUCUGAACUGCAACCCCAGCACCGCCAGAGACAUUCGACAGUCCGAGGAAGAGAGAAGGAACGCUGAGCUCCUCGAUACCCUGACGAAUGAAUUCUCCAAUGUCAUGCAGCAGGAUUAUCAGGAAAAGUCUCUACUUGAUUUCAUAUUCGGCUAUUGGAAAACUCGAAUCGAGGGUCUCUACGCCGUGCGAGAAGUGGAGGUUCAGAAGAUACAAGAACACGUCAACAACGUGCGUACUGACCACUACGAAGGCUUCUCUGGCCUCGCGACUGGAAUGGCGAAAAUAAUGAUUUUGAGUCAGUACCUGAAGAAGCCAAUUCUGAUGAAGAUGCACCUCAUGAUGAGCAACGGGAAGGGGAAGAUCGUCAUUAAGAAGAGACAAUGA